AUGACUUCAGUAUCCGCAGCCACCCCUUUACAAGAACACCAUCAUCCGUCAUCGUCUGAUCAGCCAUCUUCCGACGAGAUCUUGUUUGAUACCAGCCAAUCUUUCGCAAAAGGCAUCAGAGACCAGCUAAAAAACCAUCCCAGAUCACCACCGUCCGGGUCUUUCUCCUCUUCCACUUGUUCAUUAUCCAACGAGAAAUCAAAUGAUCCAGCGCUUUUGAAAAUCACCAGUAAUAGCUCAUUUACAUCCCAUCAUAAAACAACCAGCAUCGUAUCAGCAGAUCAAUUGUCUUUCAAAACCGCGAAUGAAGAGGAUCAUCAACACUCAGUUGAUAACACAAUAAAAGAAUCGUCAUCUACCACUAGUGAAAAUAAUCAUGAUAAAUCAUCUAAAGAUCCUCAACAAAAUAAUAAAUCAACACCUCCUUCCACCAAAGAUUCUAAACCAUCCUUCACUUUAAGCAACUCGUCAAUUAAAAGAUCUGGCUCGCUUAUCGGCGUGUCUACUGCAUCAAUUUCUGUUGCCGCGGCAGUCGCCACCACCACUACCACUAAUGCCAUAGGAACCCUUAGCAGGAAUGACAGCACAGCCAAAGAGGUGGUAACUGCUGCUAAAAAUCACCAGCGGCAACAAUCCUCGGCCUCAGAAUUCACCGAAGAUUUCGGUAAAGUUGCUGAUCAAAAAUGGAAAAGAAAACCUCCAGCAACCGUUUACAAAGAAGAAGAUGAUGAAGAAGAAGCGAAAAAACCCUCGUCAGCACCACCAGUGGCUGUUAUCCAAAAAUCUAAUCUUCAGCCAACUAUUCCUAAGAUUGCGACUGCUCCUAGUACUACUACUACUACUUCUCCUACAAAAUCUUCUGCUAAAAUAAAUAGAAGGUCAUUUUUCGGUUUUGGCAACAAACCAACCCAAACUUCUAUUUCGGAUCCCGUUCUCAUAACUGAUAACUCCAACAUUAGUGACUCGAAGCUACAAGUUCCUGAAGCUUUACAAACAAUUCAGCAACAGCAAAAACAAUUGUUUGGGGACGUGCCAAAAAAUUAUAUCCCAACCCAAAAUCAAAAUACCCCAAGCGCCACCACCAUUGACAAUAGCAGUAACAACACUACGCCAAAGAAUAAGAAUACCAACGCUAACUUGUCAGUUAACGACACUCCAACCAAAUCAAAAAGGUUUUCAAGACUCCCAUCUCGGAAACCUUCCCUGGCAUCGCUUUUCACUACUUACACCGCUUCUUCUAAUACCAGUACCGCCAACAACAACAAUACGCAUUCAUCAUCGGCGCUCCAGCCAGCGAAAAAAAGUAGCUCAUUGAAAUCAUUUUUCAAGUACAAAAAGUCGAUGUCCACUAACAAUCUUAAUUCUUCACUUCGGGCGAAUCAACAACCAAGUUCUAACCAUCUUAAAUCAGCCUCGAAUUUGGAUCUCCAUGCAGCAUACCGUAAUGGUCAAUCCAAUGGUUAUGGCGGUGAUUCUUAUUCGAUGAUGUCACUUUCUAUGGAUUCUCGAUCGAUUUCUUCUAACGCCACUACAAGAACCUCAAUCUCUACUUUCAAAAAACAAAUUUUGAACAAGUUUAGAUCAAAAAAUAAUACUCAAAGUUCUGGAUCCAGCGUCUUCACCUUCAAGAAAAACAGCAACGACUCUCGCAAGAGUAGAGUCGACAAUACUGAUGCUACCAGUAUCCGUACGUCUAAUACCGCAAAUUUCAAUUAUGCUAUUAGUAAUAUGGCAAAACAAAAUCAAGAAAACAAUAGCAACAAUGAGCCAUCAAUUGUCAUAAAUGGAGUGGAUGAUUCCGGAUUCUGUACUCCAAAAAAGACUUCAGGUAGCGUUAAUGAAUCUUUUGGCGAUUCGACCAUCAAGAGAGACAUGACUAGUCCGUUAUCUACCGGUAGUGAAGAUACUUCUAAAAAACCAUCAGUUUCUAUACCAGCGGAUCUUUCUGGAACUGCUGAUAACGAAGUCACCACUGAAUCCCUUCUUUCACCAGAACUCAAGAAUUUUGAUGAAGGGGACAUACUAUUCCCUAAAUCCCUUGACCUCAAAGAAGUAAAUAACAUAGUUUCUAUUGAGCGGAAACUCAGUACCAAAAGGGCCGACUCGGUGCGCAAGAAUCGCAACAGUAUUGAGGUGAAGGCUAAAGAAGGUGGCAUGACCGUGGAAAUUGGCAAAGAAGUCAACGAACCAAACGCUGGAGGUUUAAAAAAAACUAACUCGAUACUAAAGAAGAAGGCGACUGGAAAAGAAAAGGACUUGGAAAAUGAUGUUAUCCAGGAAGUUAGCAAGGAAGAUAGUUUUGCCGAAGAUAAAAUUGAAACCCCAAAUGGUGAUAGCGCCAUCAAAGAUGAUGCCAAAAAUUUUGAGCCUCCAGCUUCCCUUGCGGUGACUGGUUCUCAUUCCAAGCAUUCUUCUACCUCUUCUACUAGUGAUUUUGGGAUAAAAUUUGAAGACAGCAAUUUGGAUCUUGACUUUACCGAUUUCCAGCAAAAUGGAUCAGUUUAUACCACUGACGAUGUAUCGUCUCGAAGUUUUGAGCUGAACGAUGAGCUGGAACGUAAUUUGCGGGCGGUUAACAGGAAUGAAAUCAUCACUGCUGCUUCUAAACAGCAGGAACUCAAUGAAAAAUUGAAUCGUGCCAAAGUUCCUGGUAUCAAUACUGGUAGUUCAAACCUUGCCAAGAAUGUUCCUACCAGCAAUAAUAACUAUACCAAAGUGGUUAAUGACCAAUCAGCGACUGCUCCGGUGAAUCCAGGUGCUAAGAAACCACCAACCCAGGCUAAUGGUAAGAGUAAAGGUGGUUUCAUUAAUAGUUUCAAGAAUAUUUAUAAUAGAUCUUCUGAAAAUGUCAAUAAAGCGGCGUCAUCACCACCAUCGUCAUCGUCAUCUCCGCCUCCUGCAUCCCAGGCACACCGUCCACAACCUCCAACAAUUGAGGUUACUGAUACCAAUAAUAGAUAUCAACAACAACAACAACAACAACAGUCGCCUUCUACCCCGCCAAAUAAGAAACGAUACAGUCAUAGAUCAACCUUAAGUAGCGGCAGCACCGUGAGUAGUCACUCUCAACAUCAGUAUGGACAUAGACGUAACAAUCUAUCAUCCAACUCAUUCAACUCGAUUGUUGGCGCCAGUCAACUGUCUCCUGCAUCGUCUGGACAAUCUCGGAGACUUGGCAACCAUCCAUACGGUGCGAGAUCCAAUAACAGUAGUAAUAUCUACCUUGGUAAUAAUGGUGGAUCACACCGGGUGAAAUUUUCAUCAAGAAUUAUUCUUUAUGAAACUUACAACGCUGAUGAUUAUGACCGUCAUCCAGAGAUUGCCACUUGCAACCAGUUGACCCCUUUGUUGGCCCAACAAAUCAGGGAAGAAUUAAAUACUUUCAAGGCACAAAUGCCAAUCCAUGAUGAAAGUAGAUGCUAUACUCAUUUCUUCUAA